CAGGCUCACACUGCAGUCUCCAGUCCCGAGAUCAGCAACCGCAGCUUCGCAAGGGGAUCCAGCUCUAAGCUCUCCCUCCCCUCUGACAGCCGGUCAGAGUCAGACACUCCCCCCGGACGGACAGGCGCAUACCAAGCUCCUCAGCGACAGGGGUCGCUGCAGGGAGCAGGUCUCGUCUGGCUUUCACCGAAACCCGUGCCCGGCUCCCCUCUCCCACCAGCAGCAGCAGCACCGACUGGCACGUCACUCGCAACCGUGUCACACCGCACCAGAACACCUCACGGCGGCCGCUUCCACCAGGUCAGAGUUCAGUGACCGUAGAACCCGAACGCCCAGGCACGGCCAGCAUCGCUGCCUGUCACACGGGCCGCCGCCUCCUUCAUCCUCACUCCCCCCCUUCGAUCACGCCGGGCCACCCGUGCAGGCAGGACCUGCUUGGCCGGCGCAGUGAUACGCCCCCAGACGGACGCUCAUACAAAGCUCCUCAGCGGCAGGGGUCCUGCAGGGAGCAGGUCUUGUUCGGUUUGCACCGAAUCCAGUGCCCGGCUCACCUCUCCCAGCAGCAGUAGCAGCACCGACAGGCACGUCACUUGCAGCCGUGUCACACCGUACCAGAACACCUCACGGCGGCUGGUUCCACCAGGUCAAAGAGUUCAGUGACCGUAGAACCCGAACGCCCAGGCACAGCCAGCAUCACUGCCUGUCACACAGGCCACCGCCUCCUGUAACCUCACGCCCCCUUCGAUCACGCCAAGCCACCCGUGAGAGGUGUAGGCAGGACCCGCUUGGCCGGUGCGGUGAUACCUCUUGCCUGGCGGAGUGCUGAGGUUGCAUGUGAGUGCGCUGUUGGAAGCCCGGAGCCACCAUCUACCUACUACCAAGGAGUCCCCGACGACUACAUCGGGAGCCGCCAUGCCGGGCAUGAUGGACAGGAGCACCGACUUCUUGGCCAAGAGUCGCUCAAACGGCACCAAGAGCCCGUCCAGCGCCUCCAACGGACACUGCUCGGAGGAGAGCGGCAGCGACGACGAGCACGGUGAUGUGGGCAUGAGGGUGGGAGCAGACUUCCAGGCCCGGAUCCCCGAGUUCGAGCCCGGUGCUACCAAGUACACAGAUAAAGACAAUGGAGGGAUGUUGGUGUGGUCUCCAUAUCAUGAUAUACCAGAUCUGAAAUUGGAUGAAUACAUUGCAAUUGCAAAAGAAAAACAUGGAUACAACGUGGAGCAGGCGCUUGGCAUGCUGUUUUGGCACAAACACAACAUUGAGAAAUCCCUCGCUGAUUUGCCCAAUUUUACUCCUUUCCCCGAUGAAUGGACGGUUGAAGAUAAAGUUCUUUUUGAGCAAGCAUUUAGUUUCCAUGGGAAAAGUUUCCAUAGAAUUCAGCAAAUGCUUCCAGAUAAGACCAUAGCAAGUCUUGUAAAAUAUUACUACUCUUGGAAAAAAACUCGAUCUCGGACAAGUUUGAUGGACCGACAGGCACGGAAGCUAGCAAGCAAAAACAACACUGGAGAAAGUGAUGAGGACGUUGAGGAAGCACAUCCUAAGGAUGGAAAUGAUAGCGAUUAUGAUCCCAAAAAAGAAACAAAAAAGGAGACGACUGCAGAACCCUGUAUUCAGCCUGUCAAGGUUGCUCUUGGUAGUAGAAGAGAAUACCAAAGUUUACAACAUCGUCAUCACUCUCAGAGAUCUAAGUGUCGGCCCCCGAAGGGCAUGUAUAUAAGUAAGGAGGAUGUUGUAGCUGUGUCCUGUGGUCCCAACGCUGCCAACACAAUUCUUCGGCAGUUGGACUCGGAAUUAAUAUCCUUGAAGCGUCAGGUUCAGAAUGCUAAGCAAAAUAACAGUGCACUAAAGCAGAAGCUGGACGGCGGCAUAGAGGAGUUCAAACCACCAGAGUUAAAUCAGAAAAUAAAUGCCCGGUGGACUACAGAAGAACAGCUUCUUGCAGUGCAAGGUGUCCGCAAAUAUGGUAAAGAUUUUCAAGCUAUUGCAGAUGUAAUUGGCAACAAGACUGUUGGUCAAGUGAAGAACUUCUUUGUAAACUACAGGCGUCGGUUUAACUUAGAGGAGGUAUUGCAGGAAUGGGAAGCAGAACAAGGAACCCAGACCUCUAAUGGUGAUGCUUCUACUUUAGGGGAUGACACAAAAAACACUUCUCAUGUGCCAUCAGGAAAGAGCACUGAUGAAGAGGAUGAGACCAGCCAGACAGUUCCCCCAGCAGGACAGUCACCUCCAACACAGUCUUCUGCUCCGGCUCCAGCAGCCUCAGUAACAGCAUUGAACCAGCCUCCACCACUUCUUCGGCCGACGCUGCCAGCUGCACCAGCACUGCACAGGCAGCCUCCUCCUCUUCAGCAACAGGCCCGAUUUGUUCAGCCAAGACCCACUCUCAACCAACCCCCUCCACCUUUAAUUCGCCCAGCUAGCUCUUUGCCUCCUCGUCUAAAUCCAAGGCCAGUAAUGACCGCAAGCACUGGUCAACAGCCAUCAUCUCUUAUCGGGAUCCAGACUGAAAUGCAGCCCACAAUGCAUUGAUUCAAGGACCUAUAUUCCUUCUCUUUCAAGAAUUGUCUUAAAUUCUUGAGAGAAACAUUUUGGAGCCAUUCCCCCCAGUUACAAGGCAUUGUUUUGAUACAUGCUACUUCUAAAAAAGGUCAUCAAAUUUAGACAUUAAAACGUUUUUUGUUUUCUUUUAUGUACUAUACACUAAACUGAUCCAGAAUGUAAAGUAGCCUCUUUUUAUAUACAUAAAAGCAUAAACGUUCUGUAAACCAAAGUGUUUUUCCAAGUCAGCAUUCAUUGGUUAUGUGUUAUUGUGUGUCAUAUUUCAGGUCUCGUAUACUGACCAUAUGCAAUAAAUCCCCAACGUCCAAUAAUUGUAAGCGCUUAAUGAUGUGCAGUCUAAUCUUUGUCAACCAGUGAACCAAUCACCUAUACUCAAUGUUUGUUAAGCCCCCAAAAUAGCAAACCCCACCAUGUGUACAGGACCGGCCCACCUUAAUAAGGUCUUCAUUUUCAUCUUGUUUGUCCUUAUGUAAACUGUUAUUUUCAACAGAUCAGUGUAAAUAGCUUAACAUGUAUUUUUAUAUUACAUUAUGUCAAUAUUUUAUUUGAUCAUGUUCCUUAAAAAGAUUAGCAUUUUCAUGGUCGUGCAUUUGUUCUAAACCAUCGUCAUUACGUGAGAUUGCUCUAUAGUUUAGCUGUUGGCGUACACUGUAAUUCUUUUACAUGUUUAACUGCUAUGAAAUAACUCUCCUCCUGUCACAGUUCAUGGAAAGUUGCGAUAAAUGUUGUUUUGGUUUCUCUGUAGCUUGCACAUAUCACCUUACAUUCAUAGUACAGACCAUAACACUUAUGUAGAAGAAUAUGCUAAAUUUGUCAUGUUACUGUUUAUUUAUUUACUGUAUGUGAUCUGAUGGAAAAUGUCUUAUGUAUGUGACUGUCGCAUAUAAAUUGUCAGCUGUGUUUGAAGUUUACACAAACGUGUGUAACGAUACUAACUUCUGUUUCCCUAUCUGACAAGGGAUCAUCCCCCCCCCCAAUCGUUUUUUUUUGUUUUGUUUUUCUUUUUAUGAAUAAAUUAUUUAUUGUAUUAACAUUUAGGUACUAGACUUCUCAAAUACUUUGCCAGGUGAAUGAACAACUGGCAGUUGCUUAUUUUGUUUUUUUUUGUUUGUUUUUCACAUAUUAUUCAUAGAAAGUGCUCUUAUGUGACGGUUUGCUCAUGUUAGUGUUGCAAAGUGUUCCAAAUCAAUUAUUUCCCUCAGUAUUUAUCAGGCCCACAUCUUUAACGUAUGAUAACACCAUUAUUUUGCAAGCUUUGUAAAAUAUUCCUAGUUUGUGUAAUGUGAUUUUAAACUGUAAUAUUGUCAAUGUAAUUGAUACAGUUCCCUUUCCAUACUAUUUUAUAUCUAUAUGUUUCCAAUCCACCUAAAAAUGUAUUAAGUGCUGUGUAAGUAACUGUAAGGUUAACUGGAUUUUCUCACAUGUAUUCAAAUAUGGCAAAAGCAAAAUCUGAAAUGACUACUGGAAACAAAACAUGAAGUUACUAAUUUGGAAAAAGAUAAAGUAUAGUGGGGCAGAUGUAUUAAGCCUGGAGAAGUGAUAAAGCAGUAAUACCCCUUUCACAUCGCACAAAUAACCCGGUAUCAACACGGCAUAUUGCCGUGUCGAAACGGGUCAGUGUGCGAUGUGAAAGCACUUUGGCCGAAUUAGUGGGUCGUCUGACCCGGCAAUUCAACCCGGUAAAAAAGCAUUAUUACCGGGUUGAAUACCGGGUCAGGCGCAGUGGGAAUGGGAGCCGUUUCGAUGCGACACGGUUCCCAUUCACAGCAUAGGGAGAGGCAGCGCAGGAGAUGAGCUUAUCUCCCAACGCCGCCUCCACCCCUGCUGCUGCUGCGCGCCCCCCCCCCCCCCCCCUCAGACACCCCCACCCCCUUCCCGCUGCUAGGGCAACCGACCCGGGUCGGAAAGCCAGCAAAGCAGAGCAAAUGCCGGAUCCGUUUCUCUUACCGGGUGGGAUCCGGCAUUUGCGAUCUGAAAGCGGUAUAAGUGCAACGUGAUAACGCACCAGCCAGUAAGCUCCUGUCAAUUUACAUAUUGGUGCUGAUUGGCUGGUGCGUUAUCACCUUGCACUUAUCACUGCUUUAUCACUUCUCCAGGCUAAAUACAUCUGCCCCAGUGUUUGUUGUGCCACUCCUGAGGAAUGGCUAAAUAACUUUUAUUUUAGUAUUUCCUUAAUUAUUGUCCUUAAUAUACUUUCUAACCCAUAAUAUUAAAAUGCGAUUUGUAACAUUCACAGUACUAUAUGUAAAAGUUAGCAGCAAGGGUUUUCAACGUUCAAGUUUUCCAUCAGGUCAUGUUUUGAGGAUUUCGGUCUGUGGAACAAUUACUGAGCCAGCAAAAUUGAUUAACUCGCCUGUGCAUGAUUAUAGAGCUCCACAAAGUAUGAUGUGUUGGUACCUGAGCACUGGAGUUGAACUCCUGCUUUACGUGAAUUUAAAUCUUAAACCAAUAGAAUUUAAACGUAUGCAAAAGGAAUACUAUGUUCUAUUUCAUUCUUAAAAUUUUCACCUUAACUUCACUAUAUUCAAGACAAGUUCAAGAGUUGGAUUUGUUUACCUAGCAGAGUAUAUGUUUGCGAUUGUACAUAACCCUGUUAAACCUGCCAUAGCACUAGAAGAUCCAGUUGUUCAACAUCAGAGUAAAAUGACUUGAUCUGUGCCCAAUUUGGCAGCUUCUGUAUGUAACCACAUGGGUUAGAUUUUAUAGUAUAACAUUAAGAAAGCUGGAUCACUCCUGGCCUACUUGGUGCUGCUUGGACUUAAUAACCAUAGUCAGUGGGUGACUGCAUUUAUUAUGGUUCCAUAAUAAAUUCUAGGUAAAUUCAAAUGGUUUAUAUCCUGCGUGAGCAGCUAAACUCACUACAAGCUAUUUGUAUUCCGUUAUCAACAAUGCCUAUUGUGUCCUUUCUUCGGAUUACUAGAAGGAAGUAUGUCAGGCCUGGCCAAACUGUGUCUCUCCAGCUGUUGUAAAACUGAAAGUCCCAUCAUGCCUUGCCACAGUUUUGCUACUAGGGAAUGCUAAAACUGUGGCAGGGCAUGCUGGGAUGUGUAGUUUCACAACAUCUGGAGAGCCACAGGUUGGCCAGGCCUGAAGUAUGUUAUGCACAGGAAAAGUACAUCCCCUGUCCAUAAACUCUUAACCUCCUAAUACCGAGCAUGUGUAACUUCUACAUAUAUAUUUAUGAAUGUUAUAAGUGUCACUUUUUAAAAUUAUUUAAUAUUUAUUGGUCCUUUAAUUCAAAAUUGAAAGUGUGCCUCAGUGCUGUCACUAGUUAAGAGUCAAUAUAUAGCCUAUAAUCUAAUGAAUAUUGGAUAAGCCCAUGUAAUGGCCACCUCAGUGUUGUGCAGCUACCCAAUGCACUUUCUGAAUGUCUGCAAAUUUAUAAUCUUCCAACAAGCAAAAGAAAGCUCCUGAGCUGCUUGUCCGAAGACUUAAGAUAUAGAAAGGCAUAAAGCACAAUUCUGUGCAGAGUGUGUAAUGUGUUCACAAAGGCAGUAUUGUAAUUCCUAAUGAAGAAAAUAAUUUCCAAAUCAGUCACAUUAUGUUAAAGGAAAUUUGCCGAAAUAAAAUGCCUUAUGACAAAUGUACUGCAGCCUCUGUAUUUUCUGCUAUAUAGUUAGUGUAACAGUUAAUUCAUGCCAUUAGUGGAUUCAGUGUUUCAUUGCUACUAAUUGCAUUCCUGUAUUUUGCCUUUAAAAUUGGUAAAAACAAAUUUCUAAGAAACAGUGUAAAACUAUUUGAUGUUUUAUAAAUGUAUUUAAUUGUGUUCCAUGUGGUAAUUUGCAAACUUGUUGUAAUUUUAUGACUCCCCUUAAAAUAACAAAGUGUAUAGCAAGAGUAGUGCUUACAAAUGAGUUGUCAUAUUUAUGUGCGGAUAAGUCGUAACUAUAGUUCUUUGUCUGGUUAGUGUUUUCAUUUGUUUGUCUUUUUGUUUUUUGUAUGUCAAAUUGUUAUUUGCUGGAUGCUAUGGUCAUAGGAUUAAAGCUGGAAAUAUG